AAGGGUUUUAAGAUUUAUUAAGAUUUGUUGAAAAUGUAAAGAUUUGUUUCAAAAACAGUCAGCUUGGCUGUAGGGAAAGAAGUGGGUGGGGUGGGACUGGCGUGGUGGACAGAUGGAUUCAGGGCGUGUUUUGGAGGUGGUGUGGGGUGUGGGGGCCCUGAGGCCACGGUGGGAAGGAGGAAGGCGGGCUGGGGAUGACUGUGGUGAGCUUGGCAUGAGGAACUGCCAGACUGGAAAUGGCAUUUGUCAAACUGGGCAACGGAGGAGGAGCCAGGCGAGGUUUGAGAACCUGAGGGACAUACAGGCUGGACAGCUGGGUUCCUGAGGCUGAGCCCAGAGAGGGGCUGGGAUAUGCAGUCAUGGAUGUCUGGAUGGUUUUCUAUACACUCUACCUGAGUUUUAUCAAGGUGUUUGGACACUGGCGCGAGGUAGGAGCUUGUGAGGAGCGUUCUGGAGUCCCAGCUCAGCGUCCACACGGUUCAUGAAAACUUCCAUUGUGGAGGCGUGGGGGCUGGCACAGCCGACCGAGGGCCGAGUGCAGGGGGAGCUGGGAGACCUUCCAGUGUGCUGGGUGUUUCCUGUGCUCAGAACCUGUGUUUUCUUUCAGAUCCUGUCCACCAUGGCUAGGCGGCCCCGGAGCAGCAGAGCCUGGCAUUUUGUCUUGAGUGCAGCCCGCCGAGAUGCAGAUGCCCGGGCUGUGGCUCUCGCAGGGACCACUAACUGGGGCUACGAUUCCGAUGGGCAGCACAGUGACUCCGACUCUGACCCUGACUGCUCGUCCCUGCCGCUGUCCAUCCCCAGCGCAGUGCCUGUGACGGGAGAGUCCUUCUGCGACUGUGACAGUCAGAGCGAAGCCUCCUUCUGCGGUAGCCUUCACACUGCCCACCGGGGCAAGGACUGCCGCUGCGGGGAGGAAGACGACUAUUUUGACUGGGUCUGGGAUGACCUGAAUAAGUCCUCGGCCACCCUGCUGAGCUGCGACAACCGGAAGGUCAACUUCCACGUGGAGUACAGCUGUGGCACAGCGGCCAUCCGUGGCACCAAGGAGCUGGGGGAAGGCCAGCACUUCUGGGAGAUCAAGAUGACAUCACCCGUCUACGGCACCGACAUGAUGGUGGGCAUCGGGACGUCGGACGUGGACCUGGACAAGUACCAACACACGUUCUGCAGCCUGCUCGGCAGAGACGAGGACAGCUGGGGCCUCUCCUACACAGGGCUCCUCCACCACAAGGGCGACAAGACAAGCUUCUCCUCGCGAUUCGGUCAGGGCUCCAUCAUCGGCGUGCACCUGGACACCUGGCACGGGACGUUGACCUUCUUUAAGAACCGGAAAUGCAUAGGCGUGGCGGCCACCAAGCUGCGGAACAGGAAGUUCUACCCGAUGGUGUGCUCCACGGCGGCCAAGAGCAGCAUGAAGGUCAUCCGCUCCUGCGCCAGCGCCACCUCCCUGCAGUACCUGUGCUGCCACCGCCUGCGCCAGCUCCGGCCCGACUCCGGGGACACACUGGAGGGCCUGCCCCUGCCGCCGGGCCUCAAGCAGGUGCUGCACCACAAGCUGGGCUGGGUCCUGAGCAUGAGCUGCGGCCGCCGCAAGUCCCCUGUGCCCUCGCCCAAGCCCACGGCCAGUCCCAGCAGCCCUGAGACUCGGCGCUGCCAGAGGAAGCGCUGCCGACGGACCUAACUGAUUUUCCCAUCGAAACUGCCUUCGGGGCUGGGACAGCGUCUUCUCCGUCCCUUCCUUUGGGCCUCGCUCCAGGGCAGCAGGAGAGGGAGGAGGUGGGCCCAGAUCUGUCUGGCCUGACUGAUGCCGUCGGAGGCUGGGACAGGGGCUUCGGGUCCUGAGACCAGUACUGUCCGGUCCACCUGCUUCCUGUGCUCGGUAUGGGAGGCGCCGCUUCCCUCCUUGGAGUCUCCUGGGAGUGGCUCCCCCAGCUCCUCUGGACUCAGACUGCAGGCCUGGAGGCUGUGGCCGCCAGCCGUGGGGGGCCUCAGGUUUGUCUUCACUUGCUUUGCAUGUUGUCAGCUGCUGUUCCUCCUGUCCGAGACUGAGAGUGACGGUAAUAAACUUGGAGUUCCUGUCUCA